ACAGCCUAAGCACAGUUUACAAAAGAACAUAUAAUGACUCAUUCAUUACCUUACACAAUUUAGAACCCAUUUACUAUGUACAAUUUUGAAGUGACGUCAUGAUAUUAUUGGUGGGGAUGAUUAUACAAAGUCUGGUUACCGUUUUACCAUCUACAUUCUAUUCAUAAUAAUCAUAAUAUACAUAUAAAAUUUGACAAUUAUGGGUCCAGUAAUUUCGGAUUAUCUGCCUAAUAAAAAUCCGACAGACGGCAGACAGACAUACAGACAGACGGACACAUAGACAGACGGAAACGUAAAAGUAGAGAGUCGGUCGACAACACUACGCUCGGAAAAUGAAAAUAAUAAGAAAUUUUUACUAGCGAAUUUUCCAUUUUAUCUUAGAAAGUACAAACGAACUUCUAUGGAGCCAUGAUAAGACUUAUUAGACGUUAACGAUAACUAAUUUAUUAAUCCCCUCUACUAAGUUGAUGACGUCAAGAUACUGAAAUGAGGGUUGAAAAUAUGUUCCAUUAUGUUUCAUGUGUUUCGCUAACAAAAGUUAUACACAGAUUUAACAAUAUCACAUAUAAUUUGAUUUAUUACCUACAACUUAGGAUAAUUACCUUUAAUAAAACAAUUAGCUCUUAUAAAACAUCGUGCACGAGACACAUACAUACAAACGUGUCGCGACGUUCGGAACCACAGUAGAUUACAACGGAAAAGGAAAAUAUACAGUUGGAAAAUACAGUGAAAUACGUGGCAAUGUCUCCAAAAGUAGAAAAAAUAGUGGACAGCGUUGAACUAGGGGAAGGUCCUCACUGGGACACGCAAACCCAAAGCCUUUAUUUCGUCGAUAUUUACGGAAAAGCGAUUCACAAAUAUGUCCCGUCCACAAAAAAGCACACGAAGGCUGUUAUUGGUACGUACGCUAAAAAAAUCUACACACUUAACUACAAACUUGCAGGAACCAAUCAUGUGUCACUGAUCGUUCCUGUGGAAGGACAGAAGGACAAAUUUCUCGUUAGUGUAGGCCGGGAUUUGGUCAUAGUCACUUGGGACGGACUAAGCGAAAAAAUCUCUCACCAGGAAAAAAUCUACGAAGUCGAUGAUCACCCAGACACUCUUACUAACAGAUUUAACGAUGGAAAAUGCGACGCCUCUGGACGCCUAUGGGCAGGUUCAAUGGGGCCUCAACCAGUCAACGGCUACGUAGAACCCCAUAAGGGUUGUUUCGUAAGUUUCGGACCCAACAAACAAGUCAAGACCCAUAUGACGAAAGUCGGGAUUUCCAACGGGCUUGCUUGGAGUCUGGACAACAAGCAUUUUUAUUACAUCGAUACGCACAAAGGGACUGUGGACCAGUACGAUUUUGACUUGAAAAACGGCACGAUUUCCAACUGUAAAGCAAUUUUUACUUUAAGCCAGACAGAUAUUAAAGGUGCUCUUGAUGGUAUGGCGAUUGAUACAGACGGGAAUUUGUGGAUUGCGAUUUUUGGCGGUGAUAGAGUUAUUAAAAUCGAUCCACGUAAACCUGAAACCUUGUUAGAAAGUAUACAGUUGCCUGCUCAUCAGAUAACUUCAGUGGCUUUUGGGGGGCCUAAUUUAGAUCAGCUUUAUGUUACAAGUGCUAAGUUGACAACAGAUGGUAUUGAAUACCCGCCUCCAGAUCAUGGUGCCACGUAUGUAAUAACUGGUACUGGGUCUAAAGGUCUACCAGGAGUUAGUUUCAAAUUGUAAACGUCUAAAUUGAAAAUGAUUGUGAAUAGCAAAGUAGUAAAAAUUCAGUUUUAUUAGUUCAAAUUUAAAUUAAUAUUAAAUGUACUUAAGUAAUAAACUAUUUUUUAUAUCAUUAA